AAUUCUGUUGACUGUCAAAAAAAGGUAGGAGAAAAAUAUUCCAGCACCGUUAACUUUUUUUUACAACACGUAACACUUAUUAUCAUCAUAAGUUUAUGUUUUUUUUUUAAAUUAAAAAACAAUUAUUUAUACAAUAAAUUUAUUGGCUAAAUUAAAAUUAACAAAAAUCAAAAAAUAACAAUGAAUAUUGUUACUUGUGUUGCACCUGUAAACAUUGCUGUUAUAAAAUACUGGGGAAAAAGAGAUGAAAAACUUAUUUUACCAAUUAAUGAUUCUAUAUCAGCAUCACUUGAUACAAAACAGCUAUGUGCAAAAACCACCGUGAUGGCAAGUUGUAAUUUUAAAACAGACAGAAUUUGGUUGAAUGGAAGAGAAGAAUCAAUGGAUAAUCCACGACUUCAAAAUUGUCUUCAACAAAUUAAAAAAAGAGCACAAUUAUCAUUGGAAAUGAAAAACUGGCAUAUUCAUAUUUGUUCAGUUAAUAAUUUUCCAACUGCAGCUGGUCUAGCAUCAUCAGCAGCUGGUUAUGCUUGUCUAGCUUCUGCACUAGCAAAAUUAUACAAUAUAAAAGGUGACAUAAGUGACAUUGCUAGAUCUGGAUCUGGUUCAGCAUGUAGAAGUGUUUAUGGUGGUUUUGUUAGAUGGUACAUGGGCAGUGAUCCUCAAGGAACAGACAGUAUUGCCAAAGAAAUUGUUCCAUCAAAUUAUUGGCCAGAAAUGAGAAUAUUAAUUCUCGUGGUAAAUGAUUCGAAAAAAAAAGUGUCAAGUGCAAUUGGUAUGAAGAAUAGUGUUGAGACAUCAGAGCUAUUAAAGUAUCGAGCAAAUAAAUGUGUACCAGAACGUGUGGAGUUGAUGCAACAAGCAAUUAUUGAUAGAAAUUUUGAUAAAUUUGCUGAAUUAACAAUUAAAGAUUCAAAUCAAAUGCAUGCUGUUUGUUUGGAUACUUAUCCACCAUGUUCAUAUCUAACAGAUGUUACACAUUCAAUUAUUGAUAUCGUACAUGCUUACAAUGAUGCUGUUAAUUGUCUAAAGGUUGCUUAUACAAAUGAUGCUGGACCAAAUACUGUUUUGUAUCUUUUAGAAAAAGAUGUACCAAGUGUUUUAGGAAUAAUUGAUUAUUAUUUUCCACAAAAUGAUAACUCAAAUUACAUACGUGGCAAUGCACCAGAAAUAAUUAAACCUUCAGCUGAAUUAAUUGAAAAAAUUAAUCGUGAUAAACAAUUACCUGGUAAAUUAAAAUACAUUAUUCAUACGCAAAUUGGCGAGGGUCCAAUGUACAUUGAUGAUCCAAAAGAGCAUUUACUUGACACAAAAGGUCAUCCAAUUGACUUGUAAAAUAUAAUUUAUUUAUUAGUAAAUUAUUUUUAUAAAUUAAAAAUGGUUUAUCAAGGGGAAUAUGUAAUUUUUUUUGUUUUAAAUAAAUUAUAAAUUCAAAUGUUGACAUUAAAUGAUAAAUAAAAGCUUUACACUAAAAA